UUUCCAUGGAGACAAGCGGCACUGAAGACGCGGCGGAAACCGCAGCAACAAUCACUCGACUACAGCAACAACUACAGCAGCAACAUCUACUAUAGAAACAACUACAGCAGCAACAACUACAGCAGCAACAACUACAGCAGCAACAACUACAGCAACAUCUACUACAGCAACAUCUAAUACAGCAACUACAGCAGCAACUACUACGAUAGCAGCAACAUCUACAGCAGCAACAACUACAGCAGCAACAACUACAGCAGCAACAACUACAGCAGCAACAACUACAGCAGCAACAACUACAGCAGCAACAUCUACUACAGCAACUACAGCAGCAACAUCUACUACAACAACUACAGCACCAUCUACUACAGAAACUACAGCAGCAACAUCUACAGCAACAUCUACAGCAACAUCUACUACAGCAACAUCUACUAUAGCAACCACUACGAUAGCAGCAACAUCUACUACUGCAACUACUACUACAGCAACUACUACAGCAGCAACCACUACGAUAGCAACAACAUCUACUACAGCAACUACAGCAGCAACAUCUACAGCAACAUCUACUACAGCAAUAUAUACUAUAGCAACCACUACGAUAGCAGCAACAUCUACUACAGUAACUACUACUGCAACUACUACUACAGCAACUACUACUAUAGCAACAACUACUACAGCAACUACUACUAUAACAACAUCUACUACAGCAAUAUAUACUACUACCGCAGCAACAACUACUACUACAGCAACUACUACUAUAGCAACAUCUACUACAGCGAUAUAUACUACUACAGCAGCAACAACUACUACUACAGCAACUACUACAGCAGCAACAUCUACUACUACAGCAGCAACUAUAAUUACAACAGCAGCAACUACAGCAACUGCAACAUCAGUGACAGCACUAUCAAGAGCGUCAACACAACGUACACAGUGCAGCCGCACAAUGCAGGCCGUGGCCAGGCCCUACUCCUCGGGGGAGCUGAGCAGGUGGAGGCCAGCACUCCAACCCCAGGAUCACUCAGACCCCGCAAGGCCUUCUGCUCCCAGGACCGCAAGCCCAAGCCUCGGAGGACCCCGUAGGCUGGUGCCCAACCACUUGCUCCAAACAAGAACCUUCAGGAACAUUGUCAAGAACCAAGUGGUCGAGGCCAAGCCUGGGAUCCUACAUUUCGGAGGCUACGAGCUGGGGAAACGGCAUGCACAGGACGUGAAACUCAUCAACAUUUCAGCGGAGUGCAUCAACAUGCAUAUUAUUCCUCCGCAAAGCAAACACUUUCAAGUGAAGUACUCCAAAAAGGGUGCACUGGUGCCCGGGCUGUCAUUACGCGUGUGUGUCGAGUUCUGUCCAGACGAGUGGCGCUACUACUACGACUGUAUCCGCGUCCACUGCCAGGGUGACGAGACGCUCCUGGUCCCCAUCCACGGCUACCCGGUCGUCAACGUUCCUGACCUCCCCUCCUUCCUCAAUAUCCCAGACACCGCCCUCGGAGAGAGCCGUGAAGUUGCCAUUCCCCUGCGCUGCAGCUGCCCCAUCGAUUUUGAGUUCCAGGUGUCCAUCACGCAGCCCAACCCGGCGAUCACGGUCACGCCCAGCUCAGGGUUGAUCCCGGCCCACGGGGAGACGCGCUUGGCGGUGCGGUUCUCCCCGCGCGAGUUCUGCACGGCCCGCGCCACGCUCUCACUGCUCGUGUCGCAGUUCAACGCCAAGCCGCUCGAGUGCACCGUGACAGGGACGAGCACGCCCGGAACGCACGCGCGUCGUGUGCGGGCAGCCAAGGAGGAUCGGAGCAGCAAAGCUAUUCCCAGCCCAACCGCUUCCCAGGGUCCACAGGCACGGAGAACUCGCCGCCUCGGUCAACUCUCCUCCCAGCCCAGCGGAGCGGUGAGUGGGAUGGUUGCAGGAGGAGCGAGUCUGGGCGUGCCGCCGCGCCUGGACACCGUGUUCGCUGUGAGUCGCAUCCUUUGUGAGAAGCCCGACCGAUCCCAUGCAAGAGAUCUCCGAGAUGCGGAGCGAGGAGGAGGAGGCAGAGGAGGAGGCGGGCAGGGGUCUCGGCAUGCGGCCGAAGCGCUCUUCCUGCAGAAAGUAGCGAGAUUCACCAAGGAGGAGCGAGCCAACAUGCUGCGCUGGCAGGUUCACCUGGGCAGCGAGCCGCUGUCAUCUCGGGAGAAAUGGGAACUCGUGGAGGCAUGGCGAGUGGCGGUGCUGGAGUACCAGCGGAGCCGAGGGGAGCAUGUCGGUGUGCUCGCGCAACCAGGCGUCGAGACGGUGUUGACCUCGCACCGUUCCUGCCGCCUCAUCUCGCAGGAGCUGCCUGUUCCACCCGGCAUGGAUGUCCUCGCGAACGACCCUUGGCUUCUCCGCCAGCGCGCGCUGGGGCGGCUGCAACAAGCGGCCCGCAAGGUGAUAGUGAGAGCAAGGCUCAUGACACGACUGGCCCGCCUCAAGGCCCUGCCUGCUCAAGAAGACCGCGUUCAACCGCACACAGGGCACGUGUCGGCGGAGAGGGAAGCGACGUGGAGUGGAGAUGAGUCAGAGGAAGAAGAGGAGAGGCUUUUGAAAAUCUCCAUAGAGAGGAUCCUUCCAGUGUCAUUCAAGCCCGUGGCAGUGGGCAGGCUUUUUGAGGACAAUGCUUCUCGACCCUCACAGCCACAACUCCUCGAGCCAACGGAGGUGCGGAUUCCCAUCGAGGUGCCGUACCUACCCCUGAAGCAGGUGAACCUGGACUCGCAGCAGCUGGGCAGGUACCGUCCCGUGUCGGUGCACGAUGCGUUCCUCACCUACAGCCGCUCGGCCCUCCCGAUCGGGCCCCGCAGCCUGCCACCCAGGCCCCAGGAGGAGCAGCAGCAGCAGCUGAGUGGGUACCCGGCUGUCGGUGCUCUGGGGAAGUCGGAACAGGCGGAGCGAGGACGUGAGACGACCCAAGACCCUGAUGGCGGUCCCAAGCUGAUGUCACCACCCGCCGCACUGCUCCUCACCCCCCCACACCCCUCGCCGCUUCUCUUCAGCGCAGUGCCCAGCCUUCAGGCCCGUGUCUCAAUGCUGCCUUACGUGGACGUCCAUCUUGACUCCACGCUUCCCAGUGGCGGGGUGACAUGGGGCCCAGGGGCUGUUGCGAGGAGGCCCCGGACCCAACGCAGGGCCUUCGCAAGCAGGGACGCAGGGAGGGGUGCGAUGGAGUGGCAGAGGUUCCUGCCGCCGGGCCUCCUCUUCUUCACCUCUUCUUCACAGGCCAACUCCACCACGCCCAGCUGGACGAUGUUCGCGGGCGCACCGACGAUGCUACUGGGCGAAGCGCUGGUGCUCCAGCGAGCUCUGUCGCCCGAGGACCAGGAGAGCAUUGGAGGGGGCGCCCCAGGGAUAGCGCUCACUCCCAGCAUGGUGGCAGCAACGUUCGUGCUGCCGGACAGCGGCUCGGGCCCACGGGUGUGACGGGUGAAUCGAUGCUCACGCGCUCCUCCUGCCCUGACCGUAACCCUUCGCCUCCGUUACCUGCAUGUGCCCAGACGCUGGGUUGGACCCACGUCCAACGUUUACGCAGAAUGUUCUCCGUUAGUUUUGAGUAGUGUUACACCCUGCACCCCUGCAACCAAUUGGCCAAAAAUGCACCCCAUCUCAUCAGGUAUCAGAUGUACUUGUAUUGGUGACCACCAUGCAUUGCAGGUUGUCAUAGGCUGCUCGCACUGCUAUGCUCCCCAUCUUCACCAACCCACACUGGCCAGCGUGGUGAAGUAUGGUGAAAUAUCCUUCAAGAUCCACUCGGCCUUGGCAGGCCCUCAAUCCAGCAGUGGAUUGGCAGAGGGUUGUACAUUUGCAACAUCCUGCACACGCUGUUUUCUUGCUACUGCAACCCAGGCGAAUGUUGGUCUGGCUAAUUAUCACCAGGCUUACCACCACACUACACCCACUUAUUAUACACCCACUUAAUGAUAAUCAUCACGAAUGAAUGUAUUCAUCCAGGAAAGCCUCACUGCAUUUCUGCAUUCUUUAUCAGGGGAGUCUUUCUUCGGUACGUUUCCUUGUAGCCUUCAAAUGUAAUGCUUUGCAAGUGAAAGAAAAUAUCGAGCACAAGGACAAAGAAAUCACCACGCACAAGGGGGAAUAACAUUCAAAGAUUAGCACAAAUGGUUCCACGAACCCACUAACCACUUCACUGCCUGGCGGAUUUGGCAAGGAUACCGUGCAGGAGAAUUUGCGAAUAAAGGGCUUGGUAGCCUCCUAUAGUUGGGGUAAUGCUGCGCCACUGCACUACAUCAUACAAGUUUGAGGCACAUAUGGAGUUUUUAUUUUUUAUCAUCAGAGAGACAUCCCAACACAUGCAGUAUGCAAUCUCUCCUAAACUUUUGAACUACACCCACAGCAGCUGCCACCAUUUUACAUUUCAACCUACGAUGGGUUUUUUUUUGCCUCUUGGCCAAAACUGGCUCCAGGGAAUAAUAAUUUGCACAGAGGUGCCUCAUUGAAAGAGGUGACAGCCAAUUCCCAAAAAUGCCUUUGUAUUUGAAGCCAGUGGACAUUCAUGUUUAAUAUUAACCGUUAGGAAAAGCAAGCAUCCACGGCAGGGACGCGUCGCGAGAAGGGACGAUGGUGCGUGGUCAGGGACUGGCGACGGAGUGGCAACCGAGGGAGGGAGCGGCCAUUCUGUUGGAGCAGCUCCUGUGCACCGAUAGACAUCGCUAAGCGCCAUGAGUGGGGCUGGGGACAGGGGGGCGUGGGGAGCGAUUUGUUUUUAUUGGGCCACCUCCGAGAUCCAAACCCUUGCACCGUGAGCGCCAGGCAUCGCGCGAACGCCAGGCCCUCCUCGCUGGAGUGCUGCGAGCACCGCUGUGAAGGAUGGGAUGAGAGCAGCCCGAGUGGUGCUGCAAGUGAAUGGCUGCUCUGAUUGAAUCCACGAGGCUCUUGGCGAUGUGGACGUUGUUGGUGUUUGUGGGUGGACCGAGGAGCACCUGCAAUUGCUGUGGGUAAUAGCCGAGCGAGCGUGCUGUGCCGAGCAUUAUAACUGUGCAUGCGUGUACGUUGCGCUGGACGUUAUAACCAGGUGAAGGUGCUCGAGGGUGUUAUGACUUGGUGUGUGUGUGUGCUGCGCUGGGCAAUGUAAACGGACAUUGGUUGGGUCAUGUGCAUCCUACUUCACAAGAGAGACCCCAUUCCCGGGCCACAUGACCCUCAGUGCCUGUGUCUUCAGCCUUUGUUGUCACCGGGAUUGAUUUUUUUGUGGAAUCAGGGCGCGCUUGUAAAACUGUGUUAGAUGCGCGAAUGCGCUCUUAUACUCGCUCUCAAAGAAUCGCUGCUCUCCCCAGAGUCUGUGCUCCCACUGGAUCAUCGCCGUCUUAUUCACCCAUCCCACAGCCUGGACGAUGAUUGCGGUGCAUCUACGCCACGCCUGCGCGUGCACUCAAAUUAAUCACAGUCGUGCUGGUUUGGCUCCAGACAUAUCUUUGAUUCCAGCAUCUGUAGUCUAUGGGCUCUGAGUGUCAUCGCUCAUGUGCGGUGGAAUGGAGAUUCGCACGAAAGGGGGCACUUUCCGUUGUGGUGGUGGCGGAAUCGUGCGGUGAUUGCCCGUGGCAUCUUGGGCAACAGACACAAAAUUGCGUGCAGUGCUGAAGCAUAAACCUAGUCGUGACCUCACCACACGUCCUUAAGCCUCCUUACACGCCCUCACCACCCCUCAAACCAUUGACCGCGUUCACACACCACUGCCCGAUUCGAUCAUUCACCAGCAGCGUUUCAUAUAUUUACCACGAAACGACCCCUGAGGUCGUCCACCGGCUCACUCGCCAACCUUCACAUGAACAUGCAAACGUAACCUGAUCAAGUCCCCACCAUAGAAAAGGAGACCACCGUUUCACCACACGGUCAUAUGCGUGACCUCGCCCACCACGUUGUCACGCUCAAGCCUGUGCGAAUGGCACCAGGGUGAAGCACUGAGUAACCGAGGUGCAAGAGGGAGCGCAGUUGAGUGGGCGGAGGGUCAAACCGCUUCCGGUUACGUGGCUGGGUGGAGGUCGUGUGGACGAAGGGGCUAAGGGAAUGCUGUUUGCACGCCAGCGACGUGGCCGGCUAAAAUGGGAUUGGUGCAGCGAGCGGAGAGGUUUGUUUUACCACAUUACGCUUCUCUUCACAUCACACGCCACCCCUCUGUGCUUGGGAUAUUCUCGUUUGCUUCAACAUGGGAUCUCCGAUUCUGGCCAAGAUCUACAAUAGUGCUCAGCUGCUACCGUUAUUGUUGGGCUUACACAAUCGUGUACAAGUGUGCAUGUGUGUGCUGGUGUAUAGGUGCCGUAGUGGUUUACACACUGCGCUACGAACCCGGCGAUUUGGGUUUGAUUCCAGGCCAGGGCUGACAAAUGUUGCAAGUGAUAACUUAAUAUGUCCUGGGCUUUGCCUAGGUUGUCUCCGCCUUAGGUAAUUAUAUGUUGAGGUGUAUAAACAUCAGCUCAGGGGAGAUAAAUGCGGCCAGGCAUGGUGCUAGUCACACCACUCUCUCGUGUGCUAUAGGUGCUCGCUAACAGCCCCAGCAGUCAAUACAGAGGGGUCUCUGUCUCUGUGCAUAUGGAGGAAGGUGUAUGCGGCUGCAUUUUCUCCAUGUUUGGCCAAUUUGUCGUAAUUUCCCCCAUUCACAUCUGCUGCCGUAUGCACACUGCGCUCCACUGGCCCCAUGUAGAUAACAGCGUCGCAUCCCCAAUUCAUCACGGGCUACUUCCAUAGCCUCGCUCGUGUGCACGCGCUACACAGCUCCCCCCUCCUCCCUGCGUUACACUCACUUCUCUCUCCACCCUCGAUCCGCCAUCUCCUCUCUCCCAACCUCCACUCCACCCAUCCAUUCUCUUCCCUCGUUCCUCUGCCACCUCUGUCCUCCAAUCCACUAAUUUCCUCAUACCCCACCCCUCCCUCCCGCCCUCUCCCCUCCUUUCCCACCUCCCCUGGGUAGGGUGAGAUUUGGUGGAGAGAAGCAUAAUGUGGAAAUAUGGAGUGUGACGAGACACACUAUAGGUAGUAUGACAUUGCUCAUCAUUUUUGUCAAUUUCUUCGCUAAAAAUUAAAUGCAUGAAUUCAUGGUUUUCAUAUAAUAUUUAUCAUCCAACAACAGAACCAAGCGCACUCUCGCACGCAGCCUCGCUCGCGUAUUAUCACGCGCGCGCGCGCAUACACACACGUGCGCGCAUACACACACGUGUUGCUCAGUGACAUAGUAACACCUUGUGCUCAAGGCACAGGGCUGCUUGAGCAUCUGAAGAGGAAGAGAGUGAAAAAUCAGAUAUCUGUCUGUCUCCCCGUCACCUGCCCUGCAGCCAACGGGCAGAGCACAUGCGGUCCAUAUCGCUUCCACAGAGUGCCUGAAGGGGAAAACGUGCAAACUGUUCCAUCAAUUAAAACUCCAUUUGUACGCUCAUAGGUACUCGCAUCAAAAGUCUCUAAUAAAUGGAUGAUUAACUACGCAUGAUGGUAGAACCAUCUAAGCGAAGCAACAAGGCAAACACGUCAAAACAAGACCAAACAGAACACAUGGGACAGCGCAGAUGGCUGUAUCAAAUGGGACGGAACAAAAGAAUGGAUUUUUCAAUUGAAUCGUGUCACCGAAUCACGACGAUUCAUUGAAUAGCCGAAGGCGAUAGUGAAUUGUUCAUUGCCUCUUAAUGUGAUCCCUCCCACAAUGCACAGACUGCAUAGCAUUACACCCACCGCCACAUCUCGCAGCUCGAAAAGACAGCACUAAGACAAGCCAUUGCAUCACACGGCGUCACACAGCAUCACACAGCGUGCCAAAACAACGCCGCUUGCAGCACACCGUCACACGUGAACGCACGGCAAUACGCACAGCAAGGUGAUAGCGUCAUGUGUUUAUUUUACAUCGCCACUUUUGACAAAUCGCAAAAUGUAAUUGUAAUUAAAUGUACUUACAAAUGUAUAGUAUGCUUAUUAAAUACACUCUGUGGACUAUC